UCCACCAAGUACCGGGUCGAGGGUAACCCUCUAUUCUGCUGCGGGGGGAGGAGUCUCAGGGGUCCUCACCUGUCUGUGACCCUGGGGGUGCUGGUGUCCUGAGCGAGAGCACAUGCCUGUGGCUACGUGGCUACGUGGCUAGCUGCCGGGUGUCCUGGGCCAAGGGGACACGGAGGCUCACGGCCCCCCGGGCAGACAGUGAGGAUGGUGACCUUUGCUCCCCGCCAUCCCUGGGUUCUGCCUUGGCGACCUUGGUUCUGUGGUGGAAUCCCGUCUCCGGGCACCUGCUCACAUCCUGCUGCUUAUUCCGGGCCCAGGAGCUGCGUGCGGGGGGCCGGCAGGCCUGCCCCUCCUGUGUCCGAGCUCCUGCUCACCUGCCCCACCCUUGGGGAGCCUCAGCCUGGUUCUGGGGGCCCCAACCUACUGUGGUACAGGGUGCUGACCGUGUGCGGGGUGCGGCGAGACCCCGUGGACACAGGGCACACGGGUGUAAGAGCGUUCUAACAGCAGCAGUUACUGAGAAGGGCUUGGGCAUUAUCGAGCGUUUCAGAUACAGAAUGUCCGAAUCUGGAGAAAGGAGAGGCUGUGGCAGGCGGGUGGUCUGUGGCGGGCUGGUGGCCCGUGGCGGGCUGGUGGUCUGUGGCGGGCUGGCAUGGUUGGGGACACCCGACGAGGAUAGGCAGGAAGCAGACGGUGGACAUGAUCGGGGAACAGGCACAGGUCCAUGCCAGGGGCAAGAGGAAGGGGCUUGGGCGGGAUGGGGCAGGUGGUGGACCUUAAAUCCACUGGACAGUUAGGGAAACUGAGGCACAGAACAUUGUCAUGAUGUAGCCAAGGUCAGAGGCAGAGUUAGGUGUGGUGUUCACAGACGGGACGAUUGCUCCCGGCUUUGUCCCCGGGAAUGAAGGUGGGGGACAUGCUUCUCCAAACCCCCCAGCGGGCAGCCCUGGGCUCCUGCUCUGGGCCGGGAUCCUGGCAGGAGCACAGAGAGUGUCGUCUGCUCUCAGGGCACCAGGACUGGGGGGUCAGGGUGCCACUCCGUGGGGACACCCUGGGCUUGUCACCCCCCAGAGGCAGUGUGUGCUGCCUUACUGAGAAGGCAGUGUCUGCACGAGGGGCGCCCCGUCCACAUCUUGGCCCAGCUGCCGGCGUGGGACCGGGAGAGCUCCUGCGCCAUGUGGCGGUGUGUGCACGCGGCCCGGUGUGCUGUGCUCGCUGUGCUCGUGCUCUCCGGCUUCCCUGCACGUGUCUGGGAGUCCCCUCUGUGUCGGUGACGGGGAGGGCGCUUACCUGUCACACAGGGCCAACACGGGACCGCUUGGCGGGUCCCGUCCCCCAGCGUCCCCUUCUGCACGGGCAAGGGCUCAGCAGUCCCCGGCACUGUGGAGUCCCACGUGGACGGCUCCCUUACCACCCGACUCGCUGCGUCCAUGCCUCCAGCGACGGCAGUUCCCCUCCCCUGACCCGGGAACACAGACUUCUCUUGAGAUCCUGUUCCCGGUUGCAAGAUGCUCCUUAUUCUAGUGAAGGCACGUACGUCGGCUGCUUCAGCGACGGCGGCCGGGACAGAACCCUGAAGGGCGCCGUGUUUUUCGACUUGAGAAAGAUGACCGUCUCCCACUGCCAGGACGCAUGCGCGGAGCGGUCCUACGCGUAUGCGGGCCUGGAGGCCGGGGCCGAGUGCUACUGCGGGAACCGGCUCCCGGUGACCAGUGUUGGGCCCGAGGCGUGUAACCACGAGUGCAAAGGGGAGAAAGGCUCCGUGUGCGGGGGCGUGGGCCGGCUGUCCGUCUACCGCGUGGAGGAGCUGCCACCCGGCUCCAGGAAGCGGAGGACCGUCACGUACCGUGGGUGCUUCCGACUGCCGGAGAACGGCACCCACACCUUCCCGGACUCCCUGGCACAGGCCAACGUGACGGUGGACGCGUGCUCGGGGUUUUGUUCCCAGAAGGAGUUCCCCCUGGCCAUCCUGCGGGGCUGGGAGUGCUACUGUGCUUACCCCACACCUCAGUUCAACCUCCGGGAUGCCGUGGACAGUGCACUGUGUGGCCAGGAGCCCAAGGCACAGAGGCUGGCCGAGUACUGCGCGGUUUACCAGACGCCCGUGCAGGAUACUCGCUGCACAGACCGGCGGUUCCUGCCCACCAAGGCCAAGGUGUUUGUGGCCCUCUCGAGCUUCCCGGGAGCCGGGAACACGUGGGCGCGGCACCUCAUCGAGCACGCCACCGGCUUCUACACGGGGAGCUACUACUUUGACGGGACCCUGUACAACAAGGGGUUCAAGGGCGAGAAGGACCACUGGCGCAGCCGGCGCACCAUCUGCGUGAAGACCCACGAGAGCGGCCGCAGGGAGAUCGAGAUGUUCGACUCGGCCAUCCUGCUGAUCCGGAACCCGUACCGGUCCCUGGUGGCCGAGUUCAACCGCAAGUGUGCUGGGCACCUGGGCUACGCGGCCGAUCGGAACUGGAAGAGCAAAGAGUGGCCGGACUUCGUGCGCAGCUACGCGGCCUGGUGGUCCUCGCACGUGCUGGACUGGCUGCGGUUCGGCAAGCGGCUGCUGGUGGUGCACUACGAGGAGCUGCGGCACAGCCUGCUGCCCACGCUGCGGGAGAUGGUGGCCUUCCUCAACGUGUCCGUGAGCGAGGAGCGGCUGCUGUGCGUGGAGAACAACAAGGAGGGCAGCUUCCGACGGCGCGGCCGGCGCCCGCACGACCCCGAGCCCUUCACCCCCGAGAUGCGGGCGCUGAUCGACGGCUACAUCCGGACGGUGGACAAGGCGCUGCGCGACCACGGCGGGGCCGGGCUGCCCGGCGAGUACGUGCCCAGAUGACGGCCCGGCGGCUCCGCCCGCGCCGCUGGACGCUGCUCCGCGGGCCUGGCUGCCGGAGCCGCUGCAGAACCCCCGCGCUCACAGACCCGCCACACGCACCACUGCACG